UGGAGUGAAGACUAGCUAUAACAUUCGAGCUGUGUGUCUUUACUGCAGCCUUGAAAUAAAUAAUAUUGAAAUCAUAUAACGCGCAUUUAUUGAGAGACAGGAGUAACAGCGAGUGAGAGAGAGGGAGAGAGAGAGCGAGAGAGAGACCGAGAGGGAAAGAAAGAGAGGGAGGGAGGGAGAGAGAGAAAGAGAGGGAGAGAGGGAAGAUAUGAAUUCGUAUUUCGCAAAUCCGACGCUCUCCUGCCACUUAACUGGUGGCCAAGAAGUUUUACCCAACGUGGCCCUGAAUUCUACUACCUAUGACCCCGUUAGACAUUUCUCGUCCUACGGCGCAGCUGUGGCCCAGAACCGGAUCUAUUCCUCGCCGUUUUAUUCGCCCCAAGACAACGUUGUGUUCGGAUCCAGUCGGGGAGCGUAUGAGUAUGGAUCUAACGUAUUCUAUCAGGACAAGGAUGUGCUACCCAGCUGUAGACAAACAAGCGUGGGACAAAGCGCGCAGACCUCGCUCGCGCAGGAAUACACCUCGGACCAAUGUAGGACGGGAUCGCAGGAGCCGAAGGGAAGCAUUCAAAUCUACCCGUGGAUGCAACGAAUGAACUCUCACAGUGGAGUUGGGUAUGGGUCAGAUAGACGGAGAGGCCGCCAGAUUUACUCCCGGUACCAAACGCUGGAACUGGAGAAGGAGUUCCACUUCAAUCGAUACUUGACCAGACGCAGACGUAUCGAAAUCGCCAACGCUCUCUGUCUCACGGAACGCCAGAUCAAAAUAUGGUUCCAGAACCGCCGCAUGAAAUGGAAAAAAGAAAGCAAUCUAACUUCGACUCAGACGGAAAGUGAGUCGACGGGUGUUACACAGGAAGCCGAGAAGGGAGAUGACGAAGAGGAUACAGAGGAAAAGAAGAAAGAGUGAAAUUCCAUUUUUCCCGACACUCUUAAAUCCUAUUCAAUCUAAUCGCAAGUUUAAGGAUAACAUUACUACCUAAUGUAAAUUUUGUUAGGCACAAAGUUUCACACGGCUCAUGCGGCCACUCAAUUACGCAUGGACAUACAAGUAAAUACACACAGGCACCCGUGCGUAAACACACAUACACACACACCACACAUAAACAUGUAGUAAAAUAAAAAUUUUUCGCUUUAAUUAUUCUGUUAAAAAACAAUGGCUCGCGAUGUGGACAGAAUUCCAUUGCUGACUUGUCAUUCCCCUCUAUAUGCGAACUUGUGUACUGUGGUGAAGUAAAUAGUACUAGUUUCCCUACUGUGUGUAGCUUUUUACUACAAAACACCGUCGCUCCAUUGAGACGUCUGUAAAUUUGUAUAUGGCAAUAUAUUUGGUUUCAGGCAGACUCCUGUGUGCGUAAAACAGCUACACUAAUCGUGUGAAGGAAACAGUGCGUUACAUGAGCUUCUGAUUUUUUUUGUUUUGUCUUAUCUUAGUGUAUAAAUAUGCUGAAAAGUUUUCACAGGAGGAGUCAUACUACCUGAAUUAAUAUACCUGUACAUAUCAUAUCUGCCUUAUUCCUGUGAGAGCUUCAAUGUGCAUCCCGAUGCUUUUCUCGUAGUAAAACUAUUUAUAUUUAGCACUAUCGAGUAAAAUAAUACUCACUAUAAAGUGGAAAUGUGAAUUAAAAUAGUGUUAGAAGAAAACAAACAAUGAAUAUUUUUAAUGUGUUGUGUGUAUGAAUUUCACGUCCUUUGUUCUGUAUUUAAUAAAAUUGUUAUUAAGCGCCCA